AUGGCAGAGUUCGGCCAGCUGACGCAGAUCACAGUCGCCGGUGAGAAAGCGCAUUCGCGGCGAGUUGUGCAGGUUGAGUUGCAUGCAUCUUCAGAGCUCGAGAAAAACAUUCAAAUCCAGAUGAACCCAUUCCUUGUCGACAAAGCGGUGAGGCAGCAGAACACAAGGGCAUAUGGCAAAGCAGGCGUCAGCGAAGGACUUCAGGCUGUUUCUCAAGCCAUGGAACGCGUUUCAGUGUCAGAAGUGCCUGGAUCCUACUCGCCAAUCCCUCUAGCAUUCCAGCAGAUCGAAGAAAACCCUCAGGCCUCCUCGCCUCCAGGUAGCGUGUCCCAGCCCCAGCUGCCUUUGCUGCAGGCCGAAGGCGAGAUGAUUAAGGAGGCGCUACACGCCAACGUCGCGCGGAUUCUCGCGCAAUAUGCCCCCGCCAGUACGUAUCGCUUUCGUUCUGAAUUGCGGUCUGCCACUCCUCACUUCUGUUCCCCCUUCUUAUCUACUGCAGUUGAAGCCAUUAAGGCAGAGACAGCAGUGCGGGCCUUGGCUUGA